UUAUCCAUACCAUGUUUGUUGUGUCAGCAUUACUGGAUUUUAUCUUAUUGCAUACCUUUACUUUUUCCCUCCCGUCUCUCUUAUGCAGUUUGGGUCGGGACACAGCUCCACACAGGUGUCAGAUUAAGACAGGAUUCAUUCUGCUACUAACACUGGCGUUCUUACUGACUGCCGUUGCUUAUGUCUCUGAAUUCUCUCUCAAGACUGCUGUGCUCCCUGACACCUUUUAUGAAAAAGUGCUAAAUCAGACACGCUCCUAUUAUGAGUACCCAUCUGCCAGUAAAAAUCAGACUAGUCCUUCACAAAUUCCUACACAAUCCACAGACAUUUUAGUGCAUCAUCAUGUGGCUCACCCAAGCAACUAUCAUUUUAUUCUGGAUGAACCUGAUAAAUGUAGACAGUGGGAUCCGUUCCUGGUCUUUAUGGUCCCUGUGGCGCCCCAUCAGGUAGAGGCUCGUAACGCCAUCCGGAGCACAUGGGGGAAUGAGAGCUCAGUGCAGGGAAAAGCAGUGCUGACUCUGUUCUUGGUGGGUUUGACUGGAGGACCUGAAGCUCAACAGAAGCUGGAGGAAGAGAGCCGUCAACACAGAGAUUUAGUGCAGAGCAACUUUGUGGACUCCUACUUCAACCUGACCAUAAAGACAAUGGUGAUCAUGGACUGGUUGGCCACUCGUUGCCCUCAAGCAUCUUAUGCUAUGAAGAUUGAUUCUGAUAUGUACAUAGGCCUGGAGAACCUGAUGAGCCUGCUAUUGGCACCCAACACACCCAGAGAGAACUACAUUACAGGCUAUUUGAUGUGGGACCGGCCUGUCAUCAGAGACAAAAACUCAAAAUGGUACGUGUCAGAGGAACUGUACCCUGAACCGAUAUACCCCACGUACCUGCUGGGAAUGGGAUAUGUUUUCUCCAAUGACCUGUCAGGAAAAAUAGUUGAGGCUUCCAAGAAAGUAAAGGCCUUUAACAUUGAGGACGCAUAUGUGGGCGCUUGUCUGAAACAGUUAGGCAUUGCACCCUCAUCUCCUCCAGACCCUUCACAGUUUAGAGCAUAUAUAGGACAAUACAAGCGAGAGGAUUUUCUCAGAGUUAUUACAACAAUCCUGGGAUCCCCGCAGCAGCUAAUAGACAUUUGGGAGGAUCUAAAGAGGCCCACAUAAAAGGAAUACAAAUGGGAAUAGAUUACUGGUUGCCUUUAUUUGAUUAAUAAAAGACUGUUAUGUUGGAGACAGAGAACUAAAGACAAAAAAAAAAAAAAAAAUACUAUUCGUUUAAAUAGCCCAUAAAUUAAAUGCUUAUUUAUAACAGUAUAUUUUUAAUUAUAGCUUUUUUUUCCUUUUUGAUUUAAAAUAGCAAAUGUAAAUAUUAUUUGAUUGUUGUAAUUUUCAGUUCUGCCACAACUCAAGGUCACAUUGGAACCUUCAUCUUGUGUUUUGCAUAUGCAAAUGAAAAUGAGGUGGCCGCUUUCAGACUACUAUAAUGCCACAGAUCUUCAAGACAUUUAGACAUUAUUUUUUGGAACCAUCUGAAACACUAAGUUACCUCCUGAUGAUUAUUGGUAUUUUUUUUAGUCCUAGUUGGCAUCAGAAACAGAAUUAAAAACGUUUGCAGAUGGAGGAGAAUGAAUGAAAGAUGGGUGGUAACAUGAUUCUUUUGAGUAGCAAAACAAUUCUAGAAGCUUGCCAGCUCGCUGUGACACACUCCAUGGCCUCAUCAGGUGUUUCUAAAGGAUCUAAUUGGUCAAAGAAAGGACAAGGAGGAGCUCAGAUACAGUGACUCUGAGAUAUGUACAAGAUCGCUGUUACCCUCAAGACAAGGUAUGUUCAAACAUUUCACAGAACUGAUUUUGUAUUAUGCAAUGACUUCUUAUACAUAGU